GUUAUCAAGUUAAUGUGACAAUCGCUGCACGUCCUUGUACCAAGCCGCCAUGAAAACAAAGAGACAAUUUCUACAUCUAUGUGGAAACCAUGGAACCGGAAGUACCAGACCAGCGUCCUCAUAGCGGAAAUAAGCGCUGUUUGCGUUCCAAGCCUCUCUUUCUCUUUGGCGCCUAUACUUUAGCUGAUGACGUAAUCAGGAAUGGAAACCAAUGGUUGACGCGAUAUUCAAAGUGGUGUAAUUAUGUAUCGGGACAGAACAAAAAGCCCUAGAAGUCAAAAUGUCAGAAACAGGGGACCCAGCAAAGCAGAUGCAAACAAGUUUUCUGAUGACAAGGUGAAGGAGCUUAUGAGUAAAAAAGUCAGGUCUCCGUUGCUGAAAAAAAUCUUAGCUUAUGCUGACAUUUCCAGUAUCUUAAAGGAACCAGGAGAUGCAUUGCAAGAAGAUGUUGGAGAAGACUCAUUCAAUCCUCCUUUGCACAGUACAGCAGUCUAUACUGAUGAUGAUGAUCCCCUGCUGACUAAUGGAAGUGAUCAAAUGCCAGCAAAGCUGAGCUCUCCUGUUCCACCUGUAGUCCAGGAGAAAAGCGUAAAAUCUAAGAAAAAGCCUGCAACCAACACAAAACACAGUGCUCAGCCUGAGCUUGCUGAACCAAGGAGGACUCCACAAAAGAAAGUACAUGUUCCAGAACCAGUGUCUGCAAAGAAGCCUGGGACCCCCAGAAAUCUUGCUCAUGGAGCACCACCCUCAUUACAAGCUCCAAAAACCUCAACAAAUAGAAAUGUGACUCCUCAAAAGAGAGAACAACUUGCUUCAGAACCAGGGCCUAAUAAGAAGCAUAGGACUUCCAGAAAGCUAGCUGAUGGAGCACCACCCUCAUCACAAGCUUCAAAAACUACCCCAAAUAGAAGUGUGAAAGCACAAGAUGUUCCAGAACAAGGGCCUUCUAAGAAGCAUGGGACUUCCAGAAAUCUGGCUGAUGGAGCACCACCCUUAUCACAAGCUCCAAAAACUACCCCAAGUGUGGUAUCAGCUAAGAAGUCAAAGUCUCAAGGGAAAGAUCAGAAUACUUCUCAUCGAAAGAAAUCAAGAAAAGGAAACAUGGAAUUAGCCCCAGAAGACAACUGGAGUCCAGAAGAUAUGCCCAAGUCCGUCAGAAGUGUGAACGAGCUAGAUGUUGUACACUUUGAAUGUGGAAAACUUAUUGAAUUCUAUAGAGAAAAGGUUGACACAGAUGUGUGCAAAAAAGCAGUUGAUGUUUUUUCUCAUAGUUUUAAGGAACAGUUGUCUACAACAAUAUCAGACGUACGCAAGCUGAAAGACAUUAAAAGGAAAAAUGCAAAGAUGCAUUCAGAAAUAGGAAGAAAAAGAAAACGUUUACUGGAAGUGAAAAAUGAAAUCAUAGCGAAACGGCCUAAAUUGAAUGAGUUGCAAAAGGAAUAUUCAGUGCUGGAGAAAAAUCAGGAAUCGCUGAAGAGUGCAAGAGCUUUCUUUUACGAUCUAGCACAUCUACAAGAUGUUUACAUGAAAUUCAAAGCUAAAAAAACCAUUAAACACAUUAAAGAAACUUAUGGGACAUCCAGUCUCCCAGCAUUGUGCCUGGAAGCAGAAAAUAUUCUGAAGGCUGAGCAGCAUCUUCAUAUCGUGAACAGACAGCUACAGUCUAUUAUUGACUAAGAGAAAAGAGAUGGCUAGAGAGUGACCAUCGCUCCUUGACAUUGGGCCGACUGAAUUUGUUCUUUUUGGGUUAAAGUUCCUUCUUUCUGCUAAGUUAUAUGCAUCUAAAACAUAUCCUGUAAUACAGGUUGUACAAGGUAGGUCGGUA